CUUGAGUGUUUGAAGAGACAGGCUGCUGGACUGCAUUACAAUUGACAGAGUAUCUAAACUAACAGGACAGUGAAGAAGAUGGCUGCAUCUCUCUUGAAAUUCUGCUUCCUUCUCCUAUUGGCCGCUCGGUUUGUGGCCCCUAAACCGAAUUAUUUCCCGAAUUCUCCAAUACUGAUGGACUUCGCAAAACAUUCCCUGGACGAUCAAUAUAAAGGCUGCAGAGACAAAAUGUUACAGAAAGUGCGAAAAGUUUACCUGCCUAGAGAAUUGAAACAGAACCCAAAAUUUAAUUUAGCCUGGUCCAAGGCAAAAUCAGCACUGCAAUACAAACCUCUUGGAUAUCUGACUCUAGAACAAGCCAUGGCCAUCUACACUUACACGAUGCAGGGCGUUUUCAGCGACUUCAACGCAGCGGUCAGAAACGGUGGUGGAAACAAUUACAAGGCGUUUCCAUUCAAGGCGCUGCAUUUUUACUUAACCGAUGCCCUGAAGAAGCUGCGAUCCAAAUAUAAAAACUGUUAUAAUGUGUACAGGGGUGUUUCCAAGCCUACAAGCGUGGGUAUCGGUAAAACUGUCCGCUUCGGCCAGUUCACCUCCACUUCAAGAAGCCAACAAAAAGCCAUGCAAUUUGGAAGCGGAACAGUUUUCCACAUGCGGACAUGCCAGGGCGUGGCGGUUCAAAGUUAUUCCAUGUUCCCAAAUGAAGACGAGGUGCUGGUGCCGCCGUUCGAGAGGUUCCGAGUGGUGAGCGUCAACGGGAAUCGAAUCAGACUGAAACGACUGCCAAAAACCAAAAGCAUUUAUAACUGUUUGGCAGUGCAUAAAGGAAAAAAACACGGGUGAUGUCAGAGUUGAAUCUACAGUCACGUGACACAAGUCAUGAGUCAUGUGACCAAUGCAGGCUGCAGAAUACAGAUAUUCAAUCUUCAUUCAUUCAUUGUGGGCUGUUUGCUAUGCUCUGUAUUAACCAUUGUAUAUAAAAUCAGAUCAGUCCAUAAGGUUUACCUUGACCAAUCAUUACUCCAACAUGGAAAAUCUCCUCAGGUUACAAAUGUAGAAUUCAUAUACAGUCAAACCUGCUCAUGAGACCUUCACCUUUAUUUAGAGAUACCACCUGGUCUAAGUGACCACUUUAAACUCCUCCCAAUUAUAUAUGUGUGCUUUUAUUUACCUGUAUUAAGAGACCACCUGUCUAACAUGACCAGUGAACACAAUCCUCUUACCCAACAGUGGACUCAAACCUGUAUUUAGCAACCAUUUUAAUCAGCUUUUAUCUGUAAUCAAUAAACAUACUAUUAAAACAACAGCAGCGCUCUCUUGUAAAGGAAGAGAGAAAACAUGGAGAAAUGAAAGGUCCUUCUCACCAUAGAUGACAGAGUUAGUUAUGAACUUGGAAAGACAGAAAGUGACAAAAAUUUGGCAUUGGAAAGACAGAUACAGAACAUUUUGAAACACAAAGGAGAACUGUGCCUAUUCAUUGCUUUCACAAAAUAAUUUGCUUUGUAAAUGCAUUAGUAUAUAAAUGAAUGUAAUUCAAUUACAGUACUUCAUUUUGUUCAUAUUCCAUCUUUACAGUACAUUUUUAAAACAUACAUACAUAAUUACAGGAAGGCAUGUCAGAGACAAAUAGAAAAUGUAUGGCCCCUCUUUAAAAAGACCACCUGUGUUAAAAAGAGUUAGUUUAAAAUGUUUAGAUUGUGGAAUGUAAUUUUUCUUUUUUACAGAAAACAAGCACUUGCUUUAUGGAGUCUCACGAUCACUAUCGCUUGGGUUUCUUUCUUUCUUUCUGCAAUAAAAACAGCUUUUUAAGCAUCAUUCAAA